AUGCCGCGGCGCAUCCAACGUGUAUGGGUGGUACUUGCGAUUUUUCUGCCAUGCCUGCACCGAUUUGCAACAGGGGGCUUCGCCUUCACUUCGUCAAAAAUUCCCCAACGUGCGGACCGAGCGAGGUUGACGUUGCCGCUGCGUGCCGGCAAGGACGACAUUAUUGUUCGGCUACCGGACGAGGGCAUACCAGAAGGAGUGAGAAAGCUGCGUCCUGGCCCGGAAGGGCCGCCUAGUGGCCCUGCGGAGGUGGACAAGGUUGAUGUUGGAUGCUUGCCUACGUCCUCCGAGCUUUCCGACCGGCUCCGUUCGGAAUACAUGCUCGGUACCAACCAGAUUUUGCCUCUCAGGGGCAUUCUGGGAGGCAGCGCCUAUUCAAAGACCCUGCGGAAACAGGUCAGGCAGAAUGGCAAAAACAACGGCAGUGUCCUCAUCUUCGGCGAGCAGGGAACGAAGAAAGACAUGCUGGCCUUCCUGAUCCACUACUCUCGGGCCAAGGGCAGCCUCUACUUCGUUGACUGCGGCGGGGUUUCGGUGAAAGGCGCUCGAAUCUUUGGACGGGCCCGCUCUUCUGGACUCUUAGAUCUGGCUUCUGAGGGAACGGUGGUGUUCAACGACGUUGACAAGCUGAACAAAGCCUUGCUUCCACGAGUUCUGCAGUUGGCAGUCAACGGGACAUAUUGGUCAAAGGCACAGCACAAGGAAAAGCAGAGCAAGUUGAAAGUGAUCCUCACCGCAGAGCAGUGGAGUUCAGUCUUACAGCUCCUUCCAAAGAACAAGGUUGUUCAGAUUAAAGUUCCGGCCCUGCGCGUCAGAAGAAGUGACAUUUCGAGCAUGGUCCAAUAUGAGCUCAGGCGCUUGACUCGUGGUACAGGGCGGCCUAUUCCGGAAAUCGAACCCGAGGCACUGAAAAGGUUGCAGGCUUAUGACUUUCCCAACAACGUCGAGGAGCUCUUUUUCUUGAUUGACAAUGCAUAUCGCAACAUGGAGCCUGGUGGCAGCAUCACCUCGGACCUUUUGUGGACCGCCCAGAGUGUGCAGAAGUUGGACUUGUUCAAGGUGAACCUGUUGGAAGUUUAUCCCGGUCUCCGCCGUUUCCUUCAGUCAGACUGGCUGGAGCGCCUGAACCACGGCUUCACCAAGUAUGCGUUUCCCGUCUUUGUGAUCCUUCUCUUCAUAGGUCCCCAAACUUUUUCGCAGAACUUCGGCCUGAAUCUCUUCUGGGCCUGGUGGUGGCCGGGAAUCUUGCUAACCUAUCCCAUCCUGGGGCGCUUCUGGUGUGCGGUCUGCCCUUUCAUGAUCUAUGGGGAGGUGGUGCAACGAUGGCGAGUGGGCCAGGGCGCCGUUCUCCAGAAAUGGCCGACGAAGCAGCUGGAAGCGUAUGGACUCUUUGUCCUCGAAGUUGUUCUGGCUGUAUUGCGUUGUUUGGGAGGGCCAUAUUUGUAG